UUACUAGUAUGUUUAUUUAUUCAUUAUUUAUUCAAUCUUUGUAUAAUUGAUAAGAGGAUGAAAAGUGUGAGCCUAUCGAGGCCUUUCAAUACGCAACUCUGCAAUAACUUCAAUUAACAUCUUAUCACUAUGUCAUUACAACAGAAAGAGCAACACUGAAAUUCAAAAUGCAUGCUCUUGUAAGAGGAUAACCUCAAGAAAAUCUUAUUAAAAGGUGAUAGGAUCUACAUCACAUUUGUAGCUUACUUGAAUGCAACAUAUUGUAGUUUUUAACAACAUCCACCAAUGUCAUUGAUUAUGUUGACAUUUCUGUUUUGUUGCUGAUAUAUUGUUGGUUAUAAUGAAAACAAACAAAUCGUACAUAAAUUAAGAGCCUCACACCAUUUUUUAUCUAAGAGUGAAAGGCUACAACAGCACAUCAAUACAUAUUAAAAGAUGUUCGAAAAUGACAUAAGCAUUGCGUUCUACUUAAUUUGGGAUGCACUCACCAUGCUCUUGCUCUGAUGUUUUUGGCAAUGAGUUAACACAGAGUUGUGAAAACCCAAAUGGCUUCCCCUUGAUGUAACCAUGCGUCCUGGUAGUCAAGUUAGUGGUUCAGAGCACAUGUUCUGUGGGCGUAUGAGUGUAGGGUGCUUCAUCUCGUAAUUAAUUAAGCAUGCCAUGUCCAGUGAGUCCAACAGUGCAUCAUGUGAUCUCCAGUGUGCCGACAGAUCCCCUCAUAUAUCUCAUCAGAUCAUCAUGCCUUUCAUCAUCACCCCCCAUUCCCCAAGAUGAACUGUUGGAUGCUUUCAUCCACAUACUUACCCCUUUGUAUUCAUUACCCAGACAACACUCUGCUUCUAAGCACUCAAGUAUGAAGUUAGUCAUGAGUAAUAAAAACGUUUUUUUUUUUUUUAGUUAUACACAGGAAAAGAUGCUACUUACCUUGUGCUAUUGGUUGGGGACUUCCCACAGUGACAGAUCCUCUCACUGUCACAUGCAAAGGUGCACAUGUUCUCUGUUCAAAAACCAAUCAUACUUUUCAUCUGGAGUUACUAAUUCCAUUGACUUGUUUGAUGUAUAGUAGUCAAAACAUGUAAUUAUAAAAAAAGACAGGACAAACAUAUAGGCUUGGUAGAGCUAUAUUUAAAGUUGUCAUGGUAGAAAUUAUGUUUCAUUGAGUUUUCUUGUGAUAAUUCGUUCUGUUUUCUUACUCAUCAAUGGUGUCAAGGUCACAAGAAAACAACAAGCGGCCCGACACCUAUCAAUACAAUCAUCUCUACCACAACAAUAGUCAAAGCACCCCUGCUCUCACUCGCAGUCUGAAACUCUAUCUUGAGAUAUUUUUGUGGUAACAUUUGUAGGUUCUGGUGGUCUAAAAAAACACAAGCUACAAUCUCUGCGCCCACAGACGAAAGAAUUUUCAGUAGUAUCAUCUAUGAAUCCUGGUAGUUAUCAUUGUGUCCUAUAAUUAAACCUUGCUGAAGAUUUCAUUGUCAUAUUCAAGUAGUCCCUAGCUAAAUUCUUGGAAUAAUUGGAAAAAUCCUAGCAUACAUUUUCAUAGCACAAAUAACCUGCACUUACCAAAAAUACUGAAACCAAAUGGUUUCUUUAAACAGCUCACUAUAUAUUCAAAAUGCCUAUGCCGUUUUUCUCUCAGAUAGGUUCAAUUUAGGGACACAACCUUGGCACAAUCAUGGGAAUAUUGAAUGGUUUUCCAAAGAGCCACCUGAUGCGUCUGGGGCAUCUUAUAGCCAGCCAAUAAACAUGCAGCCUUCGAGUUAGAGGUAUAUUCCCCAAACCCUACCUUCAUCAUUGCCUCCUUCACUCGCGACCGUUAUUGGACCUUAGAUGUUCACCACUGAUGGCUCUUUGUUAAACAUUGGUCUGGAUACUAAAUACAUGAUGUCGUCUACAUUUCACUCUACGACUGGAAUAUCAGAAUUGUCUACCUCACAACCAUUCGACUCGCUUUUCUGGAACCGGUCCUUAGAUGUCCUUGGAAACGCAACGGUGGUGAAAGAAUUGGAGGCAAUAAAGCACCGGCAUGUUCAAUUUUCUCCAUCAACUUCAGUGUUUCUAGCUGUCCUAAUGAUAGUCCUGGUUUUCGCCACUAUCGUAGGAAACGCGCUUGUUAUUCUAGCUUUCGUGGUGGAAAAAAGUUUGCGGACACACGGCAACUUUUUCUUUCUUAAUUUAGCCAUUGCGGAUUUGCUAGUAGGAGGAUUUUGUAUUCCAGUGUACAUUCCUUAUGUGUUGACGGGCGAGUGGAGACUCGGAAGAGGGCUUUGCAAACUCUGGCUGGUGGUGGAUUAUAUGGUUUGCACAGCGUCUGUGUUCAAUAUAGUCCUCAUCAGUUUUGACAGGUUUCUGUCCGUCACCAAAGCGGUGAGCUACAGGUGCCAGAAGGGAGUGACGUCCGCAGCGGUAUUGAAGAUGGUGAGCGUGUGGCUGGCUGCCUUCCUGCUUUACGGACCAGCUAUCAUCAGCUGGGAGCACAUUGCUGGUGGGAGUGUAGUGCCCACCGGGGAGUGUUAUGCCGAAUUCUACUUCAACUGGUACUUCCUUAUGACGGCCUCAACGGUGGAGUUCUUCACGCCAUUCAUAAGUGUCACCUACUUCAACCUCAGCAUCUACAUUAACAUCAGGAAGCGGACAGAAGUCAGAGAACAACAGCCAACCAAAAUGGAAUUUGGAAACUGCGAGAUGGAGUCACUGGGAGCAAGCGGUGUGAACCGCGUGUUCUUCGUCAGACCAAUUCAGACGCACGCCCGCAGCAUCAAAAGAAAAGGCGCGCGCUCUCGGUGUGGCCGUUUGUCAAACGCCAAGGUCUCUGCUGCAGCCAUUGGUGAUGCAGGCCAGGGGGGGAGACGAGAGAGCGCCACUCUUGACCUCCCUCCUUUGCAGGUUGGAGAUUUGGCUCAGCAAUGUGCUCCACCACGAUUUCACAACGCUGAGCAAUCGUUUGAACCUGUGCGCACCCGCUCCGACGCAUCUGCCAACCUGGCAAGCAGAUCCCGCCUCUCCAGGGACAAGAAAGUGGCCAAGUCUUUAGCUGUUAUUGUUGGCGUAUUCGGACUCUGUUGGGCACCCUACACCCUACUCAUGAUCAUUCGGGCGGCGUGCCAUGGCCAAUGCGUCCAGCACUACAUGUACGAAACCUCUUUCUGGCUGUUAUGGGUAAACUCCUCCAUUAACCCCGUACUGUAUCCUCUGUGUCACAGCAGCUUCAAAAGGGCAUUCAGCAAACUCCUCUGUCCCAAUAAGAUCAAUAUACAGCCUCAAUACGUAGAACCGAAUUACUAGGGGGUAAGUGGACUAACUGACAGACUAUAUUUUGGGCAAACUUACUCUACGGGGAAACAGUAUUAUAUCUAUGUGUGAUGUAGACUAGUCAUUUUGGAGGUGCCACCCUUUGUGUUUUAUGGUGAUCUUAAGCUUGAAUAUCAUCUGUUCCAAGAACUGGUAUUUUGUGCUGCUUUUGUAAACCUGUUGUAAGGUAUCAAUGUGUGAUUUGUUACAAUAAUUGUAGUACCCUGGAUAAAGUAGUAAGGGCUGUACAUAGCUGAUGUUCACUAGCCACAUU